AUGUCCAGUAUUUGGAAGACUGGUGCUACCCAUACAAAGGCAUACCAAGUAGCAGACCAAGACAUCACAAAAGACAGGGAUUUCGAAUGUGAUGGGGAUUUUGACUUAGAGCACAAUAAUCAGGAUGAAUCUGACGGUGCUAGCAAAAACAACAACCAGGGUCCAGAUGAUAAUUGCAGGAAAGAUGAAGACAGUCAAAUAGAUCAGAAUCAAUCCAUGGGUCAGCAAAGGAAUGAAGUGGAUGGUUUUGAUAAUGAUCUCAAAGAUGGAAUGCAUGAUUUUGAUCAAGGUAUCAGCUCAACAGAAAUCACAGGAAGGGUGUCAUUGAUCUCCUCGAGCUUCAUCAGUCACCUUGUUGACCCUCACCUUGAUGUGCUUCUCCUGCUUGAGUAUAGCAUAGGUCUCAUAGGCAUACAAGAUCUCCAUGUUCAUGCUCUCCAUCAGCUUGUCAAUACGGACAUUAACUGUCUAUUCUCCUCUUCAGUGUUCUCCAUCUCAGCCAACCCAGUCCUCAAAUUGCAUAUGGCCCUCCUUCCGGAUACACUCUUUGUCACAAACAUGGAGAUGCUCAACAACUUGCACAAGAAGUCUUGGAUGCUGAACUCUGGAGGUAUCACAAGAAGAAGAUCAAAAUGGAUAAAGUUGCAUGCUGAUGAUAUUUGCAAUAACUCUCAAGCUUUCAUUAAUCAAACUGAGACAGUUGUAUUUCUGACUGCAAGUAACAUACAGCUUCCAUUCUGA